ACCUCUUCCCCAGGCUACAUAAAUAUACGUUUUCGGAACGUGAUCAACAUGGCACUGGAACAAGCGAGCCCUAUUUCACCACGUGCGCGCUUGUGGCAGUUGCUAUAGGAAAAGGUUCUGUGUAGUAUGUGCGCUCGCCGACCUUGAUCAGUCCCCUCAGCCUCCCACCCGACCUGACCGCUGAGCCUCCGUCACCUCACACGUGCUGACAGGCGAUCAAGAAGAAACCGCGUACCAACCUUCACCUCUCUAUCUCGAGAACUCCUGGCGCCUUCGGACAUGCCUCUGCCCCCUCCGACGUCGCCUUUCCGCAUGUUCCGAAGCCGACAAUGUCCGUCCGCGUCCUAAUCAAGGAAUAUCCGCACCGCGCAAUCGCCCUCACCACUGCCACCCACGCCCUCGUCCUCCGCAAUAGCCCCUCUCCCACCGACCAGAAUGGCUUCGCGAACGCCUCCCAAACGUCGCUUUCAAGCAAUGGCUCCUCCGCAGGCGCCCGCGCCAUGGUGGAGUUUUCCCCCAUUGGAGAAAUCGAUCUCAGCGAGUACCGAGCCGUGAACCUGUCGAAUGCGCAUGGGACACUGGGUCUAAUAACAGUGAAUGGGGAUAUUUUUCUGGUUGUCGUGAGCUCGGCUUCGAGAGUGGCUACUGUACGGCCGGGCGAGACGAUCCAGAGAAUCAACGCUGUGGCAUUUUAUUGUCUGAACAGCUCGAACUACGAUGCGCUACUCAACGAGGAUGUUAACCCAUACCCCACCGAUACCAUCGACGAUGAAGGUUUUGAAAUGGGUUUCGGGCGUGGGAAGGGCGAGUCUCCUCUAGAGCAUCCCUGUCUGGCCCUCAAGAAACUUUUGAGUAGUGGGACCUUUUACUACAGCUCCGAUUUUGACCUAACUCGGAGGUUACAAAAGAGAGUUACGGAUGCAGCAACCGUGUCUAUUGACAGCCUAGAUGCUGGCUUUUUAUGGAACUCCUACAUGAUUCAGCCGCUUGUCGACUUCCGCUCUCGUCUGUCUCCGCGUGAAAAAGAAGCCCUCGACCAUUCUGGCCUUUUGACCUCCGCCAUACGAGGAUUCGCGCUGACGAUAAUCGUGCCAUCCUCGUCAUCCCCUAUCAAAACAACACAUUCUGGCAUGCCCGCGUCAUUAACGCUCAUAUCUCGUUUGUCUUGCAGAAGAGCUGGUACUAGAUUCAAUUCCCGCGGUAUCGACGAUGACGGAAACGUAGCAAAUUUCGUGGAGACCGAGACCAUCUUCUAUGCACCGACAGGGCUUUGCUUCUCAUAUACCCAAGUCCGAGGAAGUGUACCUUUAUUUUGGGAGCAACAAACAGGUCUACUUCCCGGUCAGCAGAAGAUCACGAUCACGAGAUCUCAUGAGGCUACGCAACCCGCAUUCGACAAACACUUCGAAAACCUCGAAGUCAGCUAUGGCGCCAUCCACGUCGUCAACCUUCUUAGCAACGAGAAGCCCAAUGAAAUCGAACUGAGCGAUAGAUAUCGUUACCAUAUCAAACAUAGUGCUUUGAACGCCAAUGUUGACAGCGAGGAAGGCAAUGAGCUCAUCCAACUUACAGAAUAUGACUUCCAUGCUGAAACCAGAGGACCUGGGGGUUACGAGUUGGCAAGUAUGAUUGUCCAAUGGAUUCGUCGAUCCGCCGAUGGGUUCGCCUAUUUUCUGGCCGAGGAAGCAGAGGAGCAUAUUCAGAACAACAAUGGUCAAGAGCAGGUAGUUAAGCGUCCAACCGUCAUUUUACAACAGGAGGGCGUAUUCAGGACAAACUGUCUCGACUGCUUGGACCGUACAAACCUCGUACAGACCAUAAUCAGCAGAAUGGCCAUAGAAAUAUUCCUCAAUCACAGAGGCGAGAGUGGCAGUGCCGACUUUUGGGCAAGACAUUCCACCAUGUGGGCCGACAAUGGCGAUGCGCUGUCGCGUAUUUAUGCUGGAACCGGAGCGCUGAAGUCCUCCUUCACAAGACAUGGGAAGAUGUCUCUCGCCGGGUUCCUUGCGGAUGCUCGAAAAAGCGCCACCCGGACGUACAUUAACAAUUUUGCAGACAAGGGUCGCCAAAAUACCAUUGAUAUGUUGCUAGGGCGUCUGAUGGGCCAAGUACCUGUCCACCUCUAUGAUCCUAUCAAUGACUACGUCGUUGCGGAAUUGAACAGGCAAUCGUCAGAAUACACCGAACAGGAAGUCAUUCAUAUUCUAGUCGGAACAUUCAAUCUGAAUGGAAGGACCAACGGCAUCGAUGAAGACCUGUCGCCCUGGCUUUGUCCUCCUGUAGAUCCUUCACAGCAGCAUCCGGAAAUUGUUGCAGUUGGCUUCCAAGAGAUAGUUGAGCUUAGCCCUCAGCAGAUCAUGUCUACUGAUCCCGCGAGGAGACAAAUGUGGGAGCAUGCUGUGAAGAAAUGCCUGAAUGAUCAUGCCGCCAAGUAUGGGAAGGAGGAGUAUGUUCUCCUUAGAGGUGGUCAGCUAGUUGGCGCCUCCCUGUCUGUCUUCGUCAAGGCCAGCUCUUUGAAGUUGAUCAAGAAUGUUGAGGGUGCUGUCAAGAAGACGGGAAUGUCCGGCAUGGCAGGGAACAAAGGUGCUGUAGCCGUUCGCAUGGAUUACGCCAACACCUCGAUAGUCUUUGUCACCGCCCACCUUGCCGCUGGUUUCGCAAACUACGAAGAGCGGAAUCGGGAUUACAAGACCAUUAGCCACGGCUUGCGCUUUCAGAGAAACAGGUCGAUUGAGGACCACGACACGGUGAUUUGGUUCGGCGACUUCAACUACCGUAUCGGAUUGAGCAAAGAGAAGGUGCAGAAGCUGUGUCAAGUCGGAGAUCUUGAAACGCUCUAUGAGAAUGAUCAGCUCAACCUACAAAUGGUUGCUGGUCUAACUUUCCCAUACUACUCGGAAGCACGCAUCACGUUUCUACCCACAUACAAGUACGACAUUGGGACAGACACUUACGACACGUCCGAGAAAGCGCGAAUUCCCGCUUGGUGUGACCGCGUCCUCCGGAAAGGCGACAAUAUUCGGCAGAUCAACUAUGACGCCGCGCCACUAAAGUUUUCGGACCAUCGACCCGUCUACGCAACCUUUCAAUGUCUCAUCAAUAUCGUGGACGAGAAGAAGAAAGAACAGCUCAGCGAAGAGCUCUAUCGACAACGCCGGGAAGUCGUGGGCGAUACACACGCCGCGGGCAACGCUGACGACAGCGACGAGGAAGAUCUGCUAGGUUAUGAGGCCAUUGAGCCUGGCCUACCACCCGCGAGCUCGCAUCGCAGGAAGUGGUGGCUUGACAACGGUCUGCCGGCCCGCUCACGGGUUCAGCCCCCAUCCAAUGACCACUUCCCCAACCCCAAAAGGCCCAGUAACCCCUUCACGCCGUCCCCAGAACCGGACUGGGUGGAAGUCAAGCGCAUGGGCUCCAAACCUGAACCACCACCCGCACGAGGUACCUCGAGAGCGCGUACGAUCGACUUCAACGGAAGCAGCAUGCCUGGUAGUAAAUCCGGAAUCAACCAACGGGCAAAUCCCAUGGCAAGGAAACUCAUCGUCCCACCAUACAACCCGUCGCCGUCCGUCUCCCUCCACGAAACCACUAAAGCUCCUCACCCCUCCCCAAUCGCCCACACUAAUCUCCACCGUGCCUCAACUACCGCGUCCACCCGUUCUCUCCCCGACCUCACCAGAACCCGAGCCCUACCUCCUCCUUCCACUUCAUCCCCCUCCCCCUCCUCUCCCUCUCCCUCUCCCAAGCCCAAACUCUCCAUACCUCCCUCCCCCAACCAAAUCCACCGCAAACCCGCACCCCCCGUCCCCGUGAAAAAACCCUCCCUCCUCUCCAAACCCAUCCCCUCAUCUCCUGCAGCAAAAUCUCCACCUCCACAGCAGCAGCCCUACAAAGAUACCCCCGAACCCGUCGCACCGACCACCACGAAACCGCACCCUCCACCACCAAGACGAAGCAUGGCGAGCACGCCAGCGGAAGGCAGAAAACCUGCACCGAUGAACUUGAUGGAUGACGAUGAUGGGAGAGAUAGGCCGGCCUUGCCGCCGAGGACGGGCACGGGGGGGUUCAGCGGGAGGAGGGGGGUGAGCGGACGGCCUGGACAGAUGGCGGGUAGUUUGAUGGAUGAGGAUGCGGGGGAGGAAAUGGAGGCGUUGAGGGGUUGGGAGGUCUUGAAGCCUGUUCAUUAGGAGUGACAUGGGUUGUCUUGACUUCCAAGGGUGGUAAGGUUAGUGGGUAAAACGUGGAUGAACUGGGUUGACUGGGUUGGCGAGGGAGUUUCCUUGAGUGGAAAGGAGAGAGCGGAGAGGAUACAUGUAUGAUUGGUAAUGAGUGACCUUUAGCGUGGUGUUCAUGGUGGUAAUCAGGGUUGGGAUACGUUGUGAAAAGCAAAGGGGGGUUAAGGUCUUCUCUCAGGAAGGGAACGUGUCAUGUUUGGCUCCCAUUAUCCAUGUGUGAACAAGCAUUGUAUUUUGACCCUCCUAAGCACCGGACCCAUGCAGCGCUCCACUACAGUUUAGAGAGAUCCCAG